CCCCAGCACUGCAGCAGUGUUUACGACCUCGUCGGAACUUGGUUUGUAACAAAUAUGCAGGGAAAUAGAUACUGGCUUUUAUAGGGACAAGGUUUUUCUAACGUGUGACCGUGUGACUCGCGGUCAAGGGAAGCAUCAGGACAACAGAGAUGAGGAUAUCACUACUCUUGCAUCUCUUGUUCAUCUGUGCGCACAAAGAAUUAUGUUCCAGUUAUGUCACAAGGACCAUUUACGUUGGCAGUGUUCCGGGAACUAUUGAGGCUAAACCACCAUACGAGGGGUCAGCUGCGUGGCGUUUCUUGGUUAGUGAUGUGAACGGUCACCUUACCUUGACCGUCAACACCGGGUUGACGCCUACGAGGAACUGUUCCAACCAUAACUCUGUCAUAAGUAUCAAAGAAGCCUAUGAUAACAGAGAGGUGUUUCUCUGCGGUGACGGAGACUAUGAAAGUCAUGGGACGGUUGUUACUGCAUUCAUUACAUGGCCACACUUUGUCCGGAUAACCUACAGAUCAAGAAGUAAAUCUUACCAUUGCAUCAACGAAUUCCACGCAACGCCCACUGGAACCGUCUUGAGAUCGACUGACACCUUGCGUUCCAGCAUGUAUGGAGACACAUGUAGAUGGAGUAUCCAAAGCAGAACAGGGUACAAUGUCCGUGUUCGUGUGUUAGAAUCUAAGCUCCAGUUGCCUUGCUCCAGCAACACGAUUAGUGUUGACGUUGAUGUUAACAGUACGUUGUCAUGGUGUGGUGCGGAAACGUCUUCCUUCUCGUCCUAUCACUCCACGCUCGUCAUCCGGUUCAACAGAUCCAGCAUCGCUGAUGGUCAUGGUUUUGUCAUUAGUAUUACCGAAGUACCAGAACCCAAUCCUGUGCUCAUCAGCAGUUGUGAGUCCUCGUAUAACGCUUAUCUCGAGCCUCACGCACUAACAGUGAAUAUCCACUCCUCCUACAUCCACGAUAUACCGACCUAUGAACAAAACAAGAGAUUGUGUAGCCUAACACUCGUGACAAGUAACGCGUACGUGGUGCAGGUAUCCGUUCGUCGAUCGUCGCUGCCUUCGCCCUGCUAUAGUCACGCUGUCCAAGUAUUCGAAGGACCUCACCUGCGAACAUCAUGGUGCGAGAACUCUACACCCUCAUUCCGGUCACUGGGGAACAAUUUGAAGAUCUGGUACAACGCCAGCAGUCUUAACGAUGGUUCUUUCUCUCUCAAAUACCACGCAGUUUUAAGGCCACCGGCAGAUAUCCCACAUUGUGAUUUUAUUUCACAGAUCUACAACCAGACAAAUCAUUCACCUUCUUCUAAGGACGCAUGGUGGUUGUGCCGCACUGCUCUUUAUGCCACGACCUUUCCGAGGACCUUAACAGCAACCAAGGAUGAGUUCUUCACCGGGUAUCCACAUUAUGAGAGAUUGACACGGGAAUGGAGGAUCUCAGGCAGCUACAGGGGUGUUUAUGUUGAAAUUGAGAAAAAUCCGAACUUGAGUUGUUCGCGUGGAGUCAUCAGAGUAUACGAUUGUGAAGCUCACAACAGCAACUACUAUAGAUACUUAGGAUCUUCGUGCUAUGGUAGGAACAACACGUUCCGUACAGCAUCGUGCCUGGCUCUACGCUUCAACGCUACCAACCUCCCCAGUGGAAGCAACACGAUCUUCUCUCUGACGUACAGAAAUCCAGACACAUGGUCUCAUGAAACAACAACAAGGUGGCCGUGGAUUCCAGCGAAUCACACAAUGCACCCUGUCUGCAGUGAGGCCACCCGCAUACUCACGUCCGGCAUUCAGAGUCAGGUGUUGACUAUACCUGCAAUAUCCAGUGUAACAUGCAGAUGGAGGCUGACAACCUCAGAACCUGUAGACUCUGAAAAUCCAAUAGAACUGAAACUGGAAUCACGAAGGCCAGCCAUAAGAAGCCAUGAUAUGUGCUAUGACAGGUACCUGGAAGUGUUUGAUGGUCCAUCUUCUAGCUCUCCCCUCCUGGCCAAGUGGUGUGGUCUGUCCAAUCAGACACUGGUCAGCACAGGUCAACAUAUGUUUCUGGUAUACACUGGUGGAUACAGAUACCCAUGGUUGUCCUGGCCUGUCCAUUACAAAACCAUAGCUGACGACAUGGUCACAGACCCGGCGUCACAGACAGCAUCCACUUCAAGCCAAACUGGGACUAUUGUAGGUUCGGUCUUUGGUGUAGUGUUGUUGGUUUUGGCCGUAGCAGGUGCUCUAAUUGGGUGGAGAAUCUAUCGUAGAAAGAAAAUGUCUCCUUACCAGAACUCACAGAUCACACGUCAGAGAGAAGCCGGUAGUUCUGUAUUUUCGGUAACAAAGCCAUCCUUCUCCAAUGCUUUUUACGGUCAAGUGAAGUCCCCAGGGCAUGACAAGGAAGGAAAAGAAGACCCUGACACACCCGACACCAAUUAUCGCCCCGUGUUCCAGCAAAAUGAGUACAUGACUGUCUAUCAGCCGCUUGAUCCCACGUUCCCCAACGGUAACGUCGAAGGCAGAUCGGCCACCUACGACAACCACUGUAACGACGGCAAGGACGUCUCAGCCCCUGACAACGUGUAUUCCAUACCUCACAUCUACGACAGACCUGAGGUCAACAUCUACCAGGACCUCCCUCAGUAUCAGCCGCUAAACAUCGGCAAUGUCAAGGGCAACGUCAAGGGAAAGUCAGUGACGUACGACAACCUUUGUCGCGGUGCAAAUAUGGACUCUGAGAUCUAAGGUGUGACCUUGUGAUAUUCCAGGAGGCUUGGGGAUUUUUGUAGGCAACAGGAAUAUUAACUUCAAGAAGUCCACAAACCGAACAAUGUUUUAAACCCAUACCCUUUUUCCAGAACAUUAAGCAUGUUUGUUACAAUCUGAUCAAUUGUCUAUUUCAAUUACUUUGGUGGAAAAUAUAUUUCCGACAAAUAGGUCCUCUCGACCCCAUUCCUCCUCCAGAAUAUCCACUAAAAGUUGGACGAACUUAUAACGAAACGGACCGGCCUGGACUAUGAACAUAUGUUUAUGUGUGCGCUUAAAAAUUAUAAUAUACAGAGAUUUAGUUAAUUGCGUUUGUUUUGCGACCUAAAAUAAGUGAAGAUUUAGUUAAUUUUGUUUGUUAUUGAAUCCUAAAAUAAGUGAAGGUCUCAAAAAUGCAUUAGUAUAUUGUUACCUAGCCAUAGCUGUUGUGUUCAGAAAACAAGUGAACGAUUGCCAUUCAAGGCGGCUUUUUAUACCUGAAUGCAUGCAUGAUGCACGUGCAUCUCAAUUCAAUGUUGUGUUUGUGCGAACUCUCCCUUUCCACAAACAAACACAUUUCUGACCUCAAUCUCAAACAAUAAUUUAUUGGGCGAUCCGACCACGAUUCAUGGUUUCCUCAAACUUGACUUCCGGUGCAUAUUUAAAAAAAUAGGUUCAAAUACUUGAUACUUA